CCGCGCCAAGACCGCCUUCCUCGGAGCUUUUUUAGAUGUGCAUAAUCCCUGAGUUGACCCAGAAAAUCGUCAGUCGUUUCAAGAUCUGAUGCUGCAGUCUUUGUGCGCACCUCUCUCCCCACGAUGACGCGCGGCCCCGCGGACUACACGCACUGCUGAGCCUCCCCCCACCUGGACCCUCCACUCCCCCCUUUACCCCCACCCCCCCACCCCGCUCGACCCUCCGCGCCGCAGCGGACUUUAGCCACUGGACCGAGCACCGAAGAGGAGCAACUUUAACCGGCGGGGAGCCGAACACGGAGGCAUGGCAGACCACCUCAUGAUGCCCAUGAAUCACGGUUCGGCCGGCGCCAGUCUCCACGGUUACCGGAUGGGCAUGAACGGCCUGCAGGCGGGCCACCAGCCGCACGGCAACCAGCAGGCCAUGCGACCGCUGCCCGGCGGACAGAUGAUGCAUUACGGCGGCGCCCAGGCCAGCAUGGAGACGGCCAUGCGGCAGCGGCAAGGCAUGGUGCCCAUGAACGGACAGAUGAACGGCGGCCAAAUGGGCCACCACCACCACCAGAUGACCUCCGGGGGCAUGAUGUACAACGGGCAGCAGCAGCAGCAGCAUCAUAUGCACCAGACCCAGCAGCAGCAGCACCAGCACCAGCAGCAGCAGCACCAAGCCCAACAGAGCCAGUUCAUGAACGGAGGCUUGACGUCUCAGCAGCUCAUGGCCAGCAUGCAGCUGCAAAAACUCAACACCCAGUAUCACGGACACCCGCUGGGGCCCAUGGGCGGGAACCACAUGGGCCCGGCGAGCCAGUACCGCAUGAACCCGGCGCAGCUGGCCAACAUGCAGCACAUGGCGGGCCCGGCGCUGGCCCUGAACGGUAUGGACGCGGACAUGAUCGACGAGGAGGUGCUGACCUCGCUGGUCAUGGAGCUGGGCCUGGACCGGGUGCAGGAGCUGCCGGAACUCUUCCUGGGCCAGAACGAGUUUGACUUCAUCUCGGACUUUGUGAGCAAACAGCAGCCCAGCACUGUGAGCUGCUGAGAGGGAUCGGACUGGACCGGACUGGAGACCCCCACCCCCCCCCCUCCGCCCUUACCCCCAUGUCUUCAUGAAGAUGGACCAUAGAAGGAGGUGCGCUCGUCUCUUUUAGGACCGCCGGGCGCGCAGAAGGAGAACUCUGGCUUGUGGUCUGGUUGGGGUUGGGGUUGGGGACCUCCCACUUCCUGGACAUGAAUGUAAAAAAAAAAAAAAAAAAAAAGAAGUCACAAAGCCACUCGGAACAAUGACACUGUGUUUCCUCCCCGCCUGGACGUCCUCCAAGAAGGUGUAUUUAUUUAUAAUCCAACGCAGACAACUACUGGGGACAAGUGCUUUUUAAUCAUUUUAAUUAUGGAGACCAAUUUUAAGUUCCUUUUUCUUUGUUUUGUUUUUUUCGCAGGUCCAGAAAGGAGCCUUUUUUUUAAUGAUUUUUGUUUUUUAGAUGUGUUGUUCUCAAACAUGGACUGCUUGUACUGUAUGAAGCUGUAUAACUCCAACACUGUUGUGUUCUUCAUGGAGACGUAGAACCGCCUUAAUCACGCAGAUUCUUAUUUAUUAUCGCUUGUUUAUAUUGUCCCAAGGUUUUUUUGUUUUUGUUUUUUUGGGGGGGUGGGAUUUUUGAAGGUGGAAGGGAGGACGGACGGUCUUUGUCAAAGGUUUUGAGGAUCAAUAAAGAUGGCCUGGAUAGAAGAGUCAUGGCCUGCUUUUCUAUUUAUUGCACCCCCCCCACACACAUGUGUCACAUGACGGUGGUGGGGAGGGGGGGGGGGGGUUUAGGUAAGUGAUGUUAACCGGACUCUCAAAUCGUGCAAUUAUGGGUGGUGUACGAGGCGACUGGGGGGCGAUGCGUCCGCCCGAUGAUUAUGACCUCCUGAUGUUUCCAUUGUCCAUGUGCUACUUCCUGUUUACGCUUUCUCAUGUAUACUCCUCAAUGUUCUCAUUUGUCCUCAAAGGUUGACGAUUCGGCCGUCGAUGAUCGGAAAUUUUUACGAAUAAAAAAAAAAGUAAACCUGAAACAUACA